GGGAGGUUCCCACUUUGCCAGUUUCUGUUGUUAUUUUUUCUUUCUCUUCCUAGACCAGAGAGGAAAAGACGUGACGCCUGCAGUAGCACCAGCCUCUCUGGCUACUCUCUGCCUCGCAGGACACUGAGCUGAGAGUUUAUUUGUUAGUUGUAAUUUGUUUGUUAUUCCUACAUUACAGGAAUUGUUACCUUCAGGCUGAAAAUGAGCGACGAAUACUGCUGAUAGUCCCAGCACUGCCUGGAUCCACCCUGUAGUUUUUAUUCCUUAUCUUUUAACUUCUUAGAUUUUUCGUCUGCGUUUUACUACUCCUAUUGCUGCUGCUAAUAGUUUAGUUUUUCCUGCACAGAGGAUGUUGUUAUCUGUGUGUUUUUUCCUGUAGCGAGUAGAGCAGGUUGUGUUUGAGGCUCAGACGUAUGAGGAGAAAACUGAUGUGAAGAUCCAACGCUGCCUGAAUACGUUCUCAACUUUGUGCUGCUGUUUUUUCUACUGACUGAGGAGGACGCUGGGUUGGUGGAUUCAUUUCUCCCCCCCUGGAUGUGACACUUUGAGUCAUGCUGCUGCUCCUUCUGCUGCCGCUCUGCCUGCAAACUUCACUGCAAGAACAGACUGCUCCUCCUGGUCGGUGCGAUGUCUCACAGAGGGAGGACGUGCACACCUCCUGCACUUCCUGGGCCGCCUGCACCACCAGCAGCUGCCCCCACGGCUUCAGCAGCGUGGGCAUGACGAACUGCAGUUACGUGGUGCAGAUCGGCGGCAGGGAGAUGGAGCUGGAUGGAUGUCAGCACACGUGUGUGAAGAGGUUCAUGCAGCCACAAUGCUGCCCACAGCACUGGGGAUCUCUGUGUCUCCCCUGUCCCAGCUGGUCAGGGAAGACCUGUAACUUCCAUGGAACCUGUCUGGAUGGAGACCUCGGCAAUGGGACCUGUGUCUGUGAUGACGGUUUCUCAGGCUUUGCUUGUCAGGAGUGUAAGAAUCCUAACUUUUUUGGAGAAAAGUGUGACAAAGAGUGUGACUGUAAGAAUGGAGUGUGUAAUAAAGGUCCAGAGGGUGAUGGACAGUGUUGGUGUCAACCACCAUACACUGGGACACGCUGUGACCAAGUGAGUACCAGGUGCAGUAACUGUGGCCCCUACUCGUACUGUAAAGGAGAGGGAGACGCCGCCGUCUGUGAAUGUUUGCCUGGAUACAGGAAGACGUCACAGGGAAAUUGCGCAAGUGUUUGCUCAGGGAGGGACUGUGACAUCAACGCCCAGUGCUCUUCACAGAGGUCAAAGGUCAGCUGCGUCUGUAAGCCCGACUACCAGGGCGACGGCAAGAUCUGCGUACCCAGAAACCCAUGCUCAGAGAACAAUGGAGGGUGUCCCAUCAACUCCACCAUCUGUGUCUUUAAAGGACCCAACAAGUCCAGCUGCGAGUGUAUGUUCGGCAUGUCCCCGGUCAGAGGCAAUGCUGAGUUUGGUUGUCAGCUGGUUUCUGCCUGCUCAGCGGACACCUGUGACCCCUCAGCUGUCUGUCAAACUGAACUUGAUGGACAACCAAGGUGUGUGUGUGAUGCAAGUCAGAUUGGUGAUGGCCGACGUUGCUAUGGUAACCUGAUGGAGCGGCUGAUAGAGCUGGACAGGAGUGGAAGCCAGAGAGAAAAUCUGACCGGAGCCGUCACCCUGUUUGAGAAAGGCUGUUCAGCGCUGCUGAGUCAUGACGGACCGUUCACAGCUUUCAUCCCUGUGCUGAAAACACCUCUGACUGGUGUUAAUGAGGACCUGUUGUGUAAAAACCACCUGAUCCUGGGUCAGCACCUCUACAAGAAUCUGGAGGGACGAGACUUCAAUAUGUAUGGAGGAGCCAGGUUAAGGAGAAAAGACCACAAGAGGUUCAUCCUGAUGGACGAUCCCAGCAGACUGUACACAGUCAUCCAGGAAGACCUGCCAGCAGCCAAUGGGAUCAUCCACAUCAUCGACCGGCCAAUGACAAACACACUUUCUGACAGGCCUCUUCGUGAUGAACGGUUUGCUGAUAUAACGAUUGGCGAGAUUCUGACGAAGGAUGAAAAAUACAACCGCUUCCUGUCUCUGGUUGAUAACUGCGGGUCACCUCCUCCUCUGCGGGGUCCAGGACCCCUGACUGUAUUCAUCCCCACCAACCAGGCUGUGGACCAAGCCAGAGAUGGCAGCAUCUUAUACAUGCUGAACGACGCCAGACAUAAACUUCAGGAACUUCUCAGACACCAUGUUUUCUCCCAGGCUAUGCUGACAGUGGACAUGUUGGCUGCUCUCCCAAAGAUUCAGACGAUGGCCAAUCAGAUUGUGACCAUCACUGUGUCUGACGAUGGUGCGAUCCUGUUAGGUGAGAAGGGCAUCCACCUGGUCAGCACCAACAUUGUGGCAUCCAACGGGAUCAUCCAUAUGAUUGACGGGCUUCUGUACCCGCCUUCCAUCCUUCCCAUCCUGCCCCACCGCUGUGAUGUCAUCGAGAGCAAGAUCAUCUUGGGUCCAUGUGUUCACUGCAAUUACCUAUAUCUGACUGACUGUCCAGAUGGCAGCGUCGAAAUGGACAGUCACUUGAUCGGCUGUGAAUAUGUCUCGUCUCCUCUCAGACAGACCCUCAGUAAAGGCUGUGCCAAAUUCUGCAACACCACCAGACAGGUAGCAGAGUGUUGUAAAGGUUUCUACGGUCCAGACUGCAAACCCUGUAUUGGAGGAUUCCAGCAUCCCUGCUAUGACAAAGGAACGUGCUUUGACGGUAUCCAUGGCAACGGCUCAUGCAGCUGUCAGUCAGGCUUCAAGGGUGUCGCCUGCCACAUCUGCUUGGAUCCAUCCAAGCAUGGAGAAAAGUGUGAUGAAGAGUGUCGCUGUGUCCACGGUGUGUGUGAUAACCGUCCUGGCAGCGGUGGUGAGUGUCGGAGAGGAUCCUGUUUGGAGGGCUACUCCGGAGACAACUGUGACAAGACAGCCACGCCCUGCAACUCUGAUGGACUGCAGGAACACUGUCACAUCCACGCAUACUGUGUACACACAGGACUGAAUACUAUGUGUCUGUGUAAAGAUGGAUAUGAGGGUGACGGUCACUCCUGUUCUCCCAUCAACCCCUGCCUGAAGAGCAAUCGAGGAGGCUGCGACAUCAACGCAGAGUGUUUGUAUGUGGGUCCAGGUAAUGCGUCGUGUGUGUGUGUCGAGGGUUGGACAGGUGAUGGCACGGUGUGUGUGGAGAUCAAUAACUGUCUGCUGGAUAGUCGAGGAGGCUGCAGCCCAAAUGCUGACUGUAACCACAUUGGACCAGGACAGAGUGAGUGUGUAUGUAAAACAGGUUACAUGGGGAACGGUAUUGUGUGUGACCUCAUUAACCCCUGCCUCAAGAAGAAUGGAGGCUGCCAUGACCUGGCAAAGUGUGAGCAGAAGGAGAGCGGAACUCACACCUGUACCUGUCCCGACGGAUACGCUGGAGACGGCAACAUCUGCUACGGAUCUUUACUGGAGGAGCUGGACAUGAACUCAAAGCUGUACAGUUUCUAUCGACUGACUCAGAGGUACAGUCACUCCUCUGAGGACCUGAGUGGGAACAUCACCAUGUUAAUUCCAUCCAGAGAAGCUCUAAGGAACAUCAGUUCAAGCUCGUUCUGGACCACCCGACACCAUCUGCCUCAUUUCCUGCGGGCCCAUUAUCUGCAGGGGAUCUACUCUGUAGAAGAUCUGGACACACUGGUGGGUAGCAGGCUGCCCACCUUGAACCCCUCCACCUACUGGGAGAUCAGCAACAACAGUGGGGUGGUCUGCAUUGGAAACGCCUCCAUCAUAACACCCAACCUGCCUGCAAUCAAUGGCUACAUCCACAUCAUAAACCAGGUUCUGACCCCAUCCCGCUCAGACCUUCCCCCAGAGCCUCCCACCCUGAUGGCCUUCCUGAACUCCUCUUCCAACUUCACUCUGUUUAGACAGUACGCUCUGAUGUACAAUCUAUCAAUGCAUCUGAAUGCAGCUGAAUUUACCCUCCUGCUGCCGACAGAUGAUGCCAUCAGACAGCACCUCAGCAGGACUAACUCCUCCCUCCUGGACUCUGAUGUGUUCAAGUACCAUGUGAUUUCCAAUGAGCUGCUCUUCCCUGACCACCUGUCUGAUGGCGCGUUCAAAAGCACACUGCUGGGUGUUGACUACGAGGUCCAGUUCCACUUAAACAACAAAAACCAGACAGUUGUGAACGACGUUCCUCUUGACGGCAGUUUCAUUGAGACCCAGUACGGUGUCAUCAUAGUCCUGCCUCAGGUCCUAAAAGUCCACCGCAACAGAUGCAGCAAACAGGUCACCAUGCAGGUCAAUGGAAGGUGUACAGACUGUGAAGGACCACCUCGAUGUCUAUUCAGCUACAAACCAAUCAAAGAACAGUUUCCAGCCAACAUGCGAUCCAACUGUAAAUACAGGAAGCGUGUUGGAUCCAGGAGGAAGUCAGUGCCAGGAUGUGUCAUCAAAUGUCUUCGGUUAAUCACGGAUUUCUCCUGUUGUCCUGGUUACUACGGCCACGAGUGCUACAAAUGCCCUGGAGACAUUGGCAGCUGGUGCUCCAAUCAUGGGGAGUGUCAAGAUGGCAACCAUGGCAACGGGGAGUGCCAUUGCUACGAAGGUUUCCAUGGAACUGCGUGCGAGGACUGUGAGCCGGGACGUUAUGGAAUCAACUGCUCCUCCAAGUGUGUGUGUGACCACGGGAAGUGUGAGGACGGUCUGGCAGGAAGUGGCAAGUGCAUGUGUUAUAAAGGCUGGAAAGGAGCGUCCUGCUCUAUAGAGAUUAAGGACGACGCCUGUGGAGGUGUGUGUGACGAGAACGCCAACUGUAUAACAGGGCCGAAGGGUUCAGCUGCUGCCUGUGUGUGCGUGGCUGGAUAUGAAGGCAACGGAACUUACUGUAAAGAGCUGGAUAUGUGCAGCAGGUAUAACGGUGGAUGUUCAGAGUUUGCUGUCUGCACAAAGGUGUCAGCAGGAGAGAGAACCUGUUCGUGUAAAGAGGGAUACACUGGAGAUGGGGUCAUCUGCCUGGAGAUUGACGGUUGUCUGGUCAACAAUGGAGGCUGCCACAAGUCAGCAGAGUGCAUCAGAACUGGCCCCAACAGUACAGCCUGUAGGUGUAUGAUGGGCUUUCAGGGAUGGGGGAAGUUCUGUUAUCCCGUCAACCCCUGCAAAAAUAACAAUGGCGGCUGCAGUAAACAUGCUCGCUGUGAGUACAUGGGUAAGGGUCAAAGGAACUGCACCUGCCUCCGAGGCCACAUUGGCGAUGGCUUCGAUUGUCGGGGAAGCACCAACAAUGAGCUGUUCCGACAGCCAGAGAACGACUUCUUCCGUCGAAUGUUAUCUGUGAGUCCUGUUGGCGCCCACACAAUGUCUGGCCCUCGUGGUCUUUAUGGUGAUGGGCCGUUCACCGUCUUUGUUCCUAUUGACAGAAACAACAGCGACUCCUCUUUUGAAGACUGGAACCGGUCUGGUCGUCUUGCUGACCUUGUUCGUUACCACAUUGUUUCCUGUGAGACUUUGAUGUUGAGUGACCUCAAAUCCACCAAGCUUGUUGUCUCGACGUCGGGAUACAUGCUGCACUUCAGCCUGGAGCAGGGUUCAGUCUGGGUCAACAACAAAUCAAGGAUUGUGAAGAGUGAUUACACCACAUCUAAUGGAGUCAUUCACCACAUCGACAUGCUGUUGACGCCCUACAAGCUGCAGGACAAACCAAGUCUCCAGUCUAACAUGAUGAACUUCUCCUCAGCCGCUGUGUUUUAUGGCUACAGCCGCUUCUACAAACUCGUCAAGGAUGCAGGGUUACUUCCAGUGCUCAAGUUGUCCAUCCACCAGCCGUUCACCAUGCUCUGGCCCACAGACGAAGCCCUCAACUCCCUGCCAGCAGAAAGACAGCGCUGGCUCUCCAGCCCCGACCACAAAGACCAACUGGCUGCUACUGUGAAGGCUCACAUCAUACGCAACUCCAGGGUGAUGGGUUUCAGUCAGCCGGAUAAAUACUCAUCCUUCCGUACCAUGCAUGGAUCCACCAUCAAGUACAGCUGUGACAAGACCCUGGUGGGGGCUGUAGUGAUUAAUGAUAACGCAGCCAGGUUAGUGGAGCGCUACCUGAACUUCAAAGAGGGCUUGGCCUAUGGCAUCGACCAGUUACUGGAGCCACCUGGCCUGGGAGCGCACUGCGACACCUUGGAAAACAGAACCACUUACGGACGCUGUGGGCGCUGCUUCAGCCCUCCAUCCUGCCCCUUCAGGCACGAAGACACGGGAAAGACGGAGACUUGUUUGAACUAUCGCUCCAGGUAUGGGGUCGGCUACUCACCUUGGUAUUCCCACCUGGACGAUCCUUUCAACCGGAGGGGAUGUAAGAGAGUUUGUCACUUUCCUUCCUGGGUCCAGAAGUGCUGCAAAAACCAUUAUGGCAGAGACUGUCAGGUUUGUCCAGGUGGUGUCGAGGCCCCUUGUGGCAACCAUGGUGUCUGCGACGAUGAUGUGCGUGGUUCAGGAAGAUGUACGUGCCACCAAGGCUUCAGAGGAAAAGCCUGUGAACUGUGUGUCAUCGGCCAUUAUGGCCCCAACUGCACAGUCUGCAGCUGUGGGAAGCAGGGAAGGUGUGAUGAGGGCAUUGAGGGUUCUGGACAGUGUGUCUGUAAACCAGGCUGGGAGGGUGAUCGCUGCCAGAACGAAAGAGGCUCGAUCCCAGAGGAGUGCCGGCAGUGCCACGCCCAGGCGGACUGUGUGCCAGGUGCUGGUUGUCAGUGUAAAUCUGGAUUUCAGGGCAACGGCACCUUCUGCAGUCCAGAGCCACCUCCAGACCUGUGCUCAGAGUAUAAUGGUGGCUGUCACCAGAACGCAGACUGUAACCAGACGGGACUGCUCGUCAACUGCACCUGUCACAGUGAUUACCAAGGAGACGGCUACUCCUGUGAGCCCAUCAACAGGUGUAUUGAAGAGCCGAAUGGGGGCUGCAGUGACUUUGCCUCCUGCAAGUUCACUGGUCCAAAUGAACGUGAGUGUGAGUGCCUGCCGGGGUACGUGGGUAAUGGAGUCCAGUGUCUGGAGAAGGUGGUGCCCCCCAUUGACCGUUGCCUGGAAGACAACGGAGGCUGUGACCCCAUUGCCACCUGCAAGGACCUGCAUUACCAUGCCAACACAGCUGGAGUGUUCCACCUGCGCUCUCCAGAGGGGAAGUACAAGAUGAACUUCAGUCAGGCUGAUGCUGCCUGCCAGGCCGAGGGUGCCACGCUGGCCAACUUUAAACAGCUGGGAGACGCACAGCAGCUGGGAAUGCAUCUGUGUGUGGCCGGCUGGUUGGAGGGGGGGAAGGUGGGAUACCCGACACGCUUUCCCUCGGUUAAGUGUGGAGACAAUCAUGUGGGCCUGGUUAUCUACAAAGAACCUGUGGACCAGAGCAGCAAGUACGACGCCUACUGCUACAGGCUCAGAGAUGUUUCAUGUGUGUGUCCUGCUGGUUACGUUGGGAAUGGAGAUUUCUGUAACGGCGUCCUGACCAACGUCCUCGCCACGACCAGUAACUUCUCCAUCUUUUACAAGUUGUUGUUGGACUAUAGCGGCUCGUCCUUGGAGGGCAGACAGCUGGUUGAAUUUCUGUCUCACAGGACAUCGGAGGUCACGCUGUUUGUUCCCCAUAACGCUGGCUUCACCCAAAACAAGACUCUGUCCAGUAGAGAUCUUGAGUAUCACAUCUCAGCCAAUCACAGCAGACGACCAUUCAAGGAUCUGAAACACCAGGAAGUCAUCAUAUCCAGGCUUGGGUUCAACCUGACUGUUACCCACGGCAACAAUGAGAGCCAUAAGCUGGUAAACCAGCGGCUGCUAUUGGACUGGGACAUUCCUGCUGUAAACGGGAUCAUCCAUGUCAUCGAGGCCCCGCUGACGGCGCCCCCCGCACCGAUUUCCCAUCAUGCCUCCCGAAGCCACACUCACUCAGGUGGCACGGUGUCGGCCAUCUUGGUGUCAGUGAUGCUGGUGUGUGUGUUGGCUGCACUCGGCUACUACGUCUUCAAACACAAGACUGACGCCUUCCGCUUCCACUACUUCAGAAAUGAGGAUGAAGACGGUGCGGCGGGCGGCAGGAAGAAGCCCACACUUGUCUCCAUCCCCAACCCUCUGUACAGCGGCUCCAGAGCCUUCACCGAACCGUUUGGGGAUGCCAGUCAGGGGCUGGAGCCAGCAGAGCCUGAAGAAUCUCCAAAGAUUCUGGACCUGGACCAGGAGAACCAGUAAAACUGGAGCUUUGUGUUUACAUGCCACAAUUACUUGUUGGCUUUAUUAUGGUUCAGCUUUUACUCAGUUCAUCUGUAUCCAAACAAGAAAUAAAAGGUGUCUGUUU